AACGAAUGCAUAUCUAUAUUAUACAUUUGGAUUGAUAUCUUUCCCUUUUAUAUCUCGUGGAUAUGGGUGUAUGAUUUCUUUUCAAAGGCUACAAAGUUUGAAAUCUGAUUUCGGAAAUAAAAUAUGGUGUGAUUAUAAAUUAAUGAAUAAGGUGAGGAACAUUUAGUUAAUUUGGGUGUAAAAAUAUAGUCAACCCGCUGGAGAAUAUUAAUUAAUUAAAAAAAUCAUUCCAAAAAAUAAAAACGGUAAUAUGUAAUAAUGAAGGAUAACGGAAUGAGUUGCUUUUUUAAUUUUUUUCUGGAAACAAAAAGAGUUAUUUUUUUAUUAUUAUUAUUACUCAAGGUUAUUAAUUAAAUCAACUAGGUUACCAUUUUGAUUAAUAAGUAAUGGGUAGUCACAGAUUGCUUGAACCAAAAUCUUUGGCUAUAUAAAUCUGGGCACAUACGGACCAUCACCCUCACCACUGUCAUUAUUUUUUCUAGCUUUUGCCAUUACUUUCUUGGAAAGGAAAAUAUGGAGAGCAAAAUUUUCCAAAGGAGAAGAUUUACGUUGAAGAAGAAAGCGAGUGAACUCAGUAAUCUGUGCAACUCAGAGGUUUGUUUGGUGUGUUACGAUCCCAAUGGCAACGUAGAAGUGUGGCCGGAGGACCCCACGAAGGCUCGUUCUAUCAUCACAAAGUACUACUCCAAACUACUUGAUUCAUCAAGUAAUAACAAGAAGAAGAGAAAGCAUAGUGAAGUGAGUCUUUCUCAUGUGUUGGAGAAGAAAAUGAAGAAACUUCAGGAGCAAGUAACCAAUACUUGUUCUUCUGAGAAUAUUCCUUCUUCUAAUGUUAAUGGGUUUUCAUCAUCACCGUUGGUUUGGGAUGAAAAGUUGGCCUCUCUGUCCGAAAAUUCUUUGAUGGGUUUGGCGAAAUGCUUGGAGGCUAAGAUUCAGGCUUUGGAUGAGAAAAUUGAGAUAGUCAAAGGAAAAGAGCAACUGAUUAUUUCAGAAACCCUAGUCCAGAAUCAUCAAGAUUAUGAAGAUGAGUUUUAUCAUACUCUUCCACCACUGCCGCCUCAACAGUAUGAACCACUCUUGUUUGAAGAUCCUUGCAAUGUUAUUCAUGAGUUGUUUAAUACUGAAAACCAAAGCCAAAUUCAAGACUUCUACGACCUAACUGAUCCUUUAAUGAACGCCGUCAUCAACAACAACAACAACAGGAACACUCAACAGUACUACGAAGAUGAUAAUAAGCAUUAUUAUCAAGCUCUUCCACCACCACUACAGCCGCCUCAACCACAGUAUGUACCACUCUCUUUUGAAGAUUAUUCUUUUAAUGCCUGUGAGUUGUUCAAUACUAGUACUGAAAACCAAUGUCAUGAUGAUGAUCAGUUUGAUGGUCAAAAUCAAGACUUUUAUACCUUAACUGAUCUUCAUCUUAUGAACGCCACCGACAAAUACCCUCCUCAACAGUGCUAUGAAGAUGAGUAUUAUCAAUCUCUUCCACCACUGCCGCCUCAACAACAGAAUGUACCACUCUCGUUUGAAGACCCUUUUAAUUAUUAUUUCAUUGAAGACUUCAAUACUGAGAACCAAAUCGGUCAGUUUGGCCAAGUAAUACGAGACUUCUAUGAUCCAACUCCUUUUGUGAACUCCACACCAACAACUACACACCUGACCCGCGCCCCAUGACAAGAGAAAUAGUGUAUCAUCAUCAAGUAUUGAGGCAGGAGCAGACUUAGGAUUAUCAAUCUCUGUGUAAUAGCACCACCGAAUGAAAUAGCAAUGUGGUU